UUGGAGGUCAUUGCCAAGGCGCUAAUUUUGUCACAGUAUUUCCAGGAUUAUUUUCUAAACUAAAUGGCUUACAUCGAUGUGUACAAGUCACGUCAAAUUAAGUAGUCAGGGAUGAAUCGUUUAAGAAGAACAUUCAGCUUUCGGAAACGAAAAAAGCAGAAUAAGAGUGAGGCUGGUGAUUCUUCGAAACCACAACAAUGGCUAGAUGAUGAAGUGAAAAUCAAGGAGGGAUUCUGUAGUUUCCAAGUUAAGUAUUUAGGGAAUAUUGAAGUUUAUGAGUCAAGAGGAAUGCAAGUAUGUGAAGAAGCGAUUAAAGCUCUAAGAAAAUCAAAGGUUUGUCAUAUUUUCUUUGGUUAACAUACAAUGGUAUUUCAAAGAAACCUCAAAAAGCUGUUUUAUCUGUCAGUGGUGAUGCUCUACGCGUUUCAGAUGACGUUAGCCAGGUGCUUUGGAAUUUUAUGGAUUUAGUUUCGUUUUAGCAUCUCAUCGUCGAUCAGACAAUUGAAAAAGUUUCAUUUUGUGCUCCUGAUAGAAAUCACGAGAAAGGAUUCGCAUAUAUAUGUCGCGAUGGAGCUACCCGCCGUUGGAUGUGUCACGCCUUUCUUGCCGUCAAGGAAUCCGGUGAACGGUUGUCUCAUGCUGUCGGAUGUGCUUUCGCUAUAUGUUUGGAGAAGAAACAAAGACGUGAACGAGAUGCUCUUCAGUUGGAGGCUUCAGAUGAUCGUCCAACUUUCGCUCGUGUUGGAUCGUUUCGUCCGGCUACUCUCGCUGAACGGCUACUGGAUCCUCAGUCUACGAUUGUAGUCGACCCAGUGCCAAAACCUAAUAAUAUAUCUUCAACAUUACCUACCACUAUAACUCGGGUGUCUUCACCAGUUAACCAUAUUGGAGCUAUCCCACGACCCCAUGCUAGUCCAUCAAUUAUUGAGCGACAAGGUUCGCUAAGAAUAUUUCCAAAAUUACAAGAGAAUAGUCCUUUCAAAAGAGAUCUUUCAUUACGUCUUGAAGGAGUUCCUUCAAAUGUACGCCGUUUGACCGGAAUAAUUCAAAGCGCACCCAUAGCGGAGGAACCAGAUACAGAAUUUGAACCAACGAAACUAGGAGUAUGUGCUAAAAAUAAUGGGCGACCUGAAAAAAACGAAUUAGUUACUGUAUGUUCUACGUCUAAUUGUAGCCCACCCAUAGUAGUGGCCAGUUCAUCUUCGAACCUUUCAAUUAUGAAUGGUCUAACUGUAGUAACUCAAUCAUUUGUACCUAGUAGCCAGUUUAAAAGUGAUUUCAAUCUUGAUCUUAGAACAUCACAGGCAUUUAUACCUCCAAUUAUUUCGGAUCCUUUUUCUGCUGCUCCAAUCAAUCCAGCUACAAUACAACGGCACUAUCAGAUGGAAUUGCAACAACAGACAGCCCAACAACAACACCAGCAAAUCACAGGUUCUUCGCUACUAAGUUCCAAAGCUCCAACGGCUGUUGUUUCAACUAUCAGUUCUACACCAACUUCACCAUUUUUAGGCGGACCACCAAUUGCUGCUCCAACUGUGUCGACUAAUACUUUUAAUUCUAGUCCAUGGACAGUCACAUAUCCACAGAUGCAACAAUUUAACAAAUCUAUUAUUCAGAAUAGUUCAAAUUUACCAAGUUCUCCUACUGGUACAGUGAAUUCUCAAACAAAUCUAACUUAUCCUUCCAAUGGUGUUUUAAAAUCAGGUUCCACAAACCCAUGGUCAUCAUCAAUCGGAUUGGUUGAUGGAAGAAACGUUAGUAAUGCAAACUGGCAACCUUCAUCACCAUCGUCAUUGCCACCUGCUCUUCUACCUCCAGAACCUGAUUGUCUUUCGGAUCCAUUCGAUUUAGGUUGGGUGGAUAGAGCUACAGCUGGUGUAUCGAAUGCAUCAAGUGGACGAGGCAUUAGUAAUCCAUUUCUAAUUGCUAAUGGGGGUGGUGAUGAUAUUCCUAAUCCAAAUGCAUCAUCUGUUCAUUAAUUAAAUCAACCAUAUGAUAAUAAUAAUUGUUGUAUAUAACAUAUAUAUUUUUUUCUAUCAACAAAAAGAGUGGGGAUAUAAAUCUGCCUCGUUAAUGAUCAAUGAUAAUUAGAUUCUUCCUCAUUAUUAUCUCUUGUCUCUCUCACUAACUUUCUUUACUCAAUGCAAAACACUUCAUAACAUUUUCAAAAUGUCUAGUUUCAGAUAAUUUACAUUAUAUAACAAAGUGUAAUUUGUUGAAUUCUUAAUUUUGGCAGGGCUAUAAGUGAACAAUAUUAUUUCUAAAAAUAGUAGGUCAGUGCCCAUGUAUUCGCAUUCCUUCUUACAUACACAAGAAAUACUUCUUUUUUCUAGGUGCUGUGUUGAUUAUUUUCUCCAUUAUAAAUCAAAACAGCAUAUGACAAUGAUAACAAUAAAGGGUGAUGGAUGCAGAUUACUAUUAAAUUUUGUUUUUCUUCAGUAAAAGUUUCAACAGUUUUCGAAAAAAGCGAUAGAUUCUUCUUGUGUAUUAAUGCUGUGAUCUUAAUUUUCUUGUUUUCCUUUUGCUUCGAUUUAAGUUUUUAUCCAUCAUGCUUUGUUUUAAGAACUUGAUAACAUUUUCACAUAGUGUGAGUGUAUUUUACACAAAAUAUCCAUUAUAUGCAUUUCUUCUGUUAUUAUCUAUUUUGUUGCGGUCGCAUAUAUUUGUGUAUUUAUCUCAUUUGCUGUUUUUCUAUCCUCCUCUACAACUUGAUCGCCCUACUCGUUGUGCUUAUUUUAUCUUUUAUCAGAGGACUACCUGUGUAUACAUUGCAUGCAUAUUCUUUCUCCUCAUUAUCCUUAUCAUCAUUUAUCCGCAUUGACAAGCUGUUUCUUUCUCUGUGUUUAGAUGUUUCUCGCUCUCAUUUCAUUGAAUAGGUCCCGAAUUUUUCUCAACUUUUUUCUCUUUCCCUGUCGACUUAUAUUCAUUUCUCUAUUUACAUUAUUAAUUUAAUACAUGCUUGAAUCCAAUACGGUCUUGUCAUAUAACAUAUUGUUUUAUUUUUUAUCGAAAACAAAAGUUAUUGGGUGAAAAUGAUCUCAUAUUAUUAUUAUUAUUAUUAUUAU